AUGGCGGAAGAGGUUGCGCGUUCGCGACAGUAUGCGUACCAGCAGAACUCCAAUCUGGUACUACAGGCCGACAGUGAGUCGCGCAGACGGCCUGAUGAACCAACAGGCGAGGUGGAGUCGCUUGCUGGCAAAAUAAAUUACCGCAUGGGCGACCGCGCCCAGAAAGCCACACCACAGACCAGUCGAAAGCGAAACAGAGGCGACACAGAUGUGAAUACCACGCAAAAGACGAAAAAGCGACGAGGCGAUGCGAACGAUAGAGGAAGCGGCAUCCUAUAUACGGCGAUGGACGGUCAAACCGUUGCCAAGAGUAAUAUCUUAAAGGAAAGUUCGGCGUUUGAGUCGGCUGCGUACAGACCAAAAAAUCCUGCUAGCCAAGACGCGUACGAGCAGAUAUUGGGUGUCGUGGCUCAACAGCUUGGUGCCCAACCAGGCGAGAUUCUGGCCGGCGCGGCGGAAGAAGUUUUAUUUAUUUUGAAGAACGACAAUUACAAAGACGAUGAGAAACACAAGGAAGUGCAAAAAUUGCUGAACACCAUCCCAACACAUAAGUUCAGUCUGCUAGUGGCUGCAGGCAAGCGAAUCACAGACUUUUUUUCGGGAAAUGAGGAGAAGAAAGCAAGUAAAGAUGAAGGAGAAGACUCAGCCGCUCUAGAAACUGAAGGACGCGAAGCGAUGAAAAUAAAGGACGGCUACGACAAUGAAGACGAUGAGGACGCUAAGUAUCGAAUGGAUGUGCAAACUAUAGAUGCGUUUUGGCUCCAGCGUGAGCUCUCCAAGUUUUAUAAGGAUGCUGAGGUCAGCUCCAAGCUGUCGGAAGAGGUGCUGACUAUUUUGAAGGAUUCUGGAGGGGACCUUAGUGCCUGCGAGAACCGGUUGGUUUUGCUUCUAGAUUACGACAAAUUUGAUUUUAUCAAGUUGUUACUCGAAAAUCGAGCCAAGGUGCUUUACUGUACGAAACUGAAACAGGCGCAAAACGAUGAAGAGCGUCGCAGAAUUGAAGAAGAGAUGGUCGUUGACGAGACGCUUUAUGACGGUGAAGGACAGACAAUUCUGAAUCAAUUGCGCACGACAGCGUCGGCUGACUCGUGGAUGCAGGAUCGAAUGGGUGCCAUGGAAACAACAUCUCGCGCCGAGGCCAACAAGCUGCGUAAGCUUCAACAAAAGCCCGGUGUGCAGCGCGAUCAGGCUUGUGGUGACGAGUUAGAAAAUGAUGUAGACAUGGACGGCGUGUCUAGCGAUGCUUUAACAAAAGAAGGAAUAAAUGCAGAGACAAACAAACCGCAACACUAUGUUGAUGUUGAAUCACUUGCCUUUCAAGAAGGUGGCCAUUUGAUGAGUAAUCGUGAGUGCCGUCUUCCGGAAGGUACGUGGCGCGCACAAAAGAAGGGAUAUGAAGAAGUCCACGUUCCUGCCGUUCGCACAAAACUGUCUGCAGCUGAAGAGAAGACGCGUAUAAAAAUCUCGACGCUUCCCAAAUGGGCUCAUGACGCGUUUAAAGGCAUGGAUUCGUUAAACCGCGUGCAAUCAAAGAUGUUUCCCGUAGCUUUCGAAUCGAGUGAAAAUUUGCUUUUGUGUGCUCCGACAGGUGCUGGUAAAACAAAUGUUGCCAUGCUAACGAUUUUGCAUGAGAUUAUGAAGGCUCGUGAUCCAGAGACCGGUGAGAUCGACCUGAAUUCGUUUAAGAUUGUAUACGUGGCUCCCAUGAAAGCCUUGGUGCAAGAAGUGGUGCUUAACCUUUCUGCGCGAUUGUCAAGCGCAUAUAACAUGCAAGUGCGAGAAUUGUCGGGUGAUCAGAACUUAUCCCGAGAGCAAUUGUUUGACACUCAAAUUAUCGUUACUACGCCCGAAAAGUGGGAUAUAAUCACCCGAAAGUCCGGGGAUGAUCGAACAUACACUCAGCUCGUGCGCUUAAUAAUCAUUGAUGAAAUUCACCUGCUUCACGACACUCGUGGCCCCGUGUUAGAAGCAUUAGUCGCGCGCACGAUUCGAAAUGUGGAAAUAACUCAGCAAAUGGUACGUCUGGUGGGGUUGUCGGCUACGCUGCCAAACUAUGAAGACGUUGCAGCAUUUCUUCGCGUGGACCCUGCGAAGGGACUGUUCUACUUUGAUUCAAGUUACCGUCCUGUACCUCUGCAACAGCAGUAUAUUGGUAUCAUAGAGAAGAAGGCAGUCAAGCGAUUUGUAUUGAUGAACGCAAUCUGCUACGACAAGGUUCUGGAACAAGCAGAGUUAGAUAAUCAAGUGCUUAUUUUCGUACAUUCUCGAAAAGAGACUGCGUCGACAGCUCAGGCCUUGCGAGAUUUGUUUGUGGAGAAUGACACACUUGCCCGUCUGAUCAAACCAAAUUCGGCAUCCAGCGAAGUUCUCUUACAGGAAGCUGAAAAGAUUGAGCGCAAUGAUGAUCUCAAGGACCUUCUUCCGUAUGGAUUCGGUAUCCACCACGCUGGCAUGAAGCGACAGGACCGUUCAUUAGUGGAAAAUACGUUUGCUGACGGUCAUUUAAAGGUACUGGUCAGUACGUCAACGCUAGCGUGGGGUAUUAAUCUACCGGCGCACACGGUAAUAAUUAAGGGCACGCAAGUUUACAAUGCUGAAAAGGGUGAUUGGUGUGAGCUUAGUCCAUUGGACAUUUUGCAGAUGCUGGGUCGUGCCGGUCGCGUUCAAUUUGACACGCAAGGAGAGGGCAUCAUUAUUACACAACACUCGCAUUUGACCUACUACUUGUCACUGAUGAACCAGCAGCUUCCAGUCGAAUCACAAAUGAUGGGCAAGCUAGCUGACAAUUUGAACGCUGAGAUUGUAGUCGGUAGCGUGCAGAAUGUGACACAAGCAGCAACGUGGCUGGGGUAUACCUAUUUGUUCAUCAGAAUGCUGCGUAACCCAACACUUUACGGCAUCUCCAUUGAUUUCCGCAAUACUGAUCCAACACUUCUGCAGUACCGUAUAGACUUAGUUCACUCUGCGGCAACGUUGUUGGCAAAGCACAACUUAAUCAAGUACGAACGACGCUCAGGAUUGUUCCAGACAACCGCCCUCGGUCGUGUGGCCAGUCAUUACUACAUUGCACACGACUCGAUCAGCACUUACAACGAGUAUCUCAAACCGCACAUGUCAGACAUUGAGAUUUUGCGGCUUUUCUCGCUCUCGAAUGAGUUUAAGUAUGUGAUCGUCCGAUCAGAAGAAAAGCUAGAGCUUGUGAAGCUACUGGAACGUGUGCCUGUACCUGUAAAGGAGUCGUUGAUGUCUUCUGCCCUUGGCAAUGUGGUUGCUGGAAGUGGUUCGGCCAAGGUGAACGUUUUGCUGCAAGCUUACAUUUCGCGUCUGAAGCUGGAUGGAUUUGCUCUUUUGGCGGACAUGGCUCACAUACAUCAAUCAGCAGCGCGUAUUUUCCGAGCACUAUUUGAAAUUUGUUUAAAUCGAAGCUGGGCAUCGCUGGCCGAGCGAAUGCUUAGCUUCUGCAAAAUGGUAGACAAACGUAUGUGGCUCUCACAUUCUCCUCUUCGUCAAUUUGCUCCUGCUAUUUCAAAGACAAUUUUGAAACGAAUUGAGAAGAAGGACAUCUCGUGGGAAAAGUACAAUGACCUGGAACCUGCUGAUCUAGGUCAGCUCAUUAAUAACCCGCAGUAUGGUAAGCAGCUCUAUAAAAUAAUUCAUCAGUUUCCUAAACUUGAGCUCUCAGCUCACGUACAGCCGAUCACUCGCUCAAUGCUGAAGGUGGACUUGGUUGUGACACCUGAUUUUGAGUUUAACCGGGAGGUUCAUGGUAAUGCGGAAGGCUUUUGGGUGUUUGUUGAGGAUGUGGACGGCGAGACUAUACUUCACUACGAAUGGUUGCUCAUUAAGCGUCGCUUUGCCUCACAAGAAAUGUAUCUAAGUUUCACGAUGCCGUUGUUCGAGCCCUUGGCACCGCUGUACUAUAUCAAGGUCAUAUCAGACAAGUGGAUCCAUUGCGAAAGCUCACUGCCGGUAUCGUUUCACAAGCUCAUUUUACCACAAAAAAACGCGCCCCCAACUGAACUGCUUGAUCUUCAGCCUCUUUUUGUCAACAACAUCCUUUUAAAGCUGGUCAGGGGCAACAAGACGACGGCAGAAGCUGUGCUAAAAUCGCUAUCGAACUCGCACAACGUUCCGAACCCUUGGCGGUUUAAACGUUUUAAUCCAACGCAAACACAAGUAUUGCCACGUUUACUAGAGUCCGAAAGCAAUCUUUUCAUUGGAUCUCCACCAGGAAGUGGUAAGGGCGUGCUCGCAGAAUUGGCUAUAAUGAAAACUCUGCUCUCUUUGGGCCAGCCUGACUCAAAGAGCGAUGAGUUUGGUGAUCACUUGAUCGUGUACUUGACUCCUAAAGAGUCGAUGUGUCACCAGAAGUUUGAUGAUUGGAAUGCUAAGUUUGGGGAAGAAGGUUUUUGGCGACAAAAUGUCGUGGAGCUCACAGGAGAUUCUACCGCAGAUUUGCGUUUACUAGCAUGUGCAAAUAUUUUACUGGCGACACCUACGCAAUGGGAUGUUCUGUCUCGACGCUGGAAGCAGCGGAAACGCAUUCAAAGCAUCAGUCUGCUCCUUUUGGACGAGGCUCAUUUUGUGGGUGGUGGGGAGUAUGGUCCCACAAUUGAAGUGGUGAUGUCGAGAAUGCGAUUUAUAGCAGCUGAUAUGGAGAAGAAAAAGACAGAAGCUGGUGAGCAGGGUAGGCGUAUGCGGAUUUUGGCUUUGAGCAACUCCUUAGCAAACGCUCGAGAUGUUGGCGAGUGGCUUGGUGCAAGUGUGCCUGAUGGCAUUUUCAACUUCCAUCCCAACGUUCGUCCACAGCCUUUAGAGAUUCGCGUUCAGGGAUUUGAAAUUAACGACUUCUCGUCCCGUAUGCUGGCGAUGGCAAGACCAUUAUACAACACUAUCGCGAACCAAGCAGAGAGGAAGCCUGUUGUAGUCUUUGUACCCUCUGCCAAGCAGGCCCAGUUAAGUGCGAUUGACUUGAUCACUUUCGCGCUGGCUGAGAAUGAUCCGCAUAAAUUUGUGACUCAAUCAGUAAAUGGUGCGGUUGAGUUGCCAUCGGAAGACGCAGCUUUGCGGCAUACCAUGGAAAACGGCGUAGGAUUUUGUGCUGAUACAAUUUCGUCCCGGAAUCAUGAGUAUGUAAUUGAUUGCUUUGCGGCGGGCAAACUUCAGGUGCUGGUGGUCCCUCAGUCUCUGGCGUGGGAGCUCAGAAGCGUGCAGAUAAGUGCGUUUAUGGUGGUAAUAAUGGGCACGCAAUACUAUGACGGUCGAGAGCAUCGGUAUGUUGACUAUCAGCUCGCUGAUGUGUUUCACAUGACGAAAUUUGCAAAUCAUGCUUCCUCAGCUGCUGUCAAGUGCAUAUUGUUUUGUCAUGCUACGAAGAAAAAGUUCUAUGCUCAGUUUCUGUACGAUCCGUUGCCUGCAGAGUCGCAACUUGAACACUUUUUAUGCGAUCACUUAAAUGCUGAGAUUGUGACAAAAACGAUUGAAAGCAAGCAGGAUGCAGUUGAUUACCUCACGUGGACCUUCAUGUAUCGUCGCUUUAUGAAAAAUCCUAACUAUUACAACCUGCAAGGCGCAACAAACGUACAUUUGUCCGACCAUUUAUCUGAGCUCGUUGAGACAAGUAUAAAUGCUUUAGAGGAGUCACGUUGUAUCCAAGUCGUGGAUGGAGAAGAGGACGACGAAGGUGAAGGUGAGGAGCGUCUUGUGCCCUUGAACCUGGGCAUGAUUGCCGCUUAUUAUUAUAUCAAGUACACGACGAUUGAACUAUUUGCAUGCAGCUUGAAGGCGGACUCAAAAAUGCGCGCACUUCUGAUAAUACUAUCGUCUGCUUCCGAGUUUAGCGACCUGCCUAGUCGACAUGGUGAAGAUAAGAAGCUAGAAACUCUUGCUAAGCAUCUUAAGUUUCCAGUAGCCGCUGGUGGUGAUUAUGGACAAGCCCAUGUAAAGACAAAUGUAUUGUUGCAAGUCCACUUUAGUAAGCAGCACGACCAUUUGAGCCCUGCGCUACGCCAAGAUCUAAAUUUCAUUCUGCGGCAUGCCAUUCGCCUACUGCACGCCAUGGUUGAUGUCAUCAGCUCAAACGGCUGGCUCAAACCUGCGCUAGCAGCAAUGGACCUUGCGCAGAUGGUUGUGCAAGCCCAAUGGAGUAGCGAGUCACCUUUGCUACAAAUUCCAUUCUUUACCAAGGAAACGCUCCGAAGUCUGGGUGAAAUGCAACUGGAAGAGGAGGUGGAGACUCCUGUCGAUAUCUUAAGUAUGGAUGAAGAUGCCCGCACCAAAUUGUUGCCUCUAGACACACAGAAAAUGUCAGUCGUUGCUAAGUUUUGUAACGCGUAUCCGGAUGUGACAGUGCAGGUGAAGGUGGAAAAAGACGGCGAAAAUGUGCCGCAGGGCUCGACGGUGAGCAUCAUGGUGCAGCUUGAUCGUGAUGACGCCGCUGAUGAGGAAAGUGACGAAGGCGAUGCAGCUAAGGAGUUGGGUCUGGUAAAUGCGUGCCAUUACCCCGUAAAAAAAGCCGAAAAUUGGUGGGUAGUGCUCGGCGACCCGAACAAAAAUACGCUGCUGGGCAUCAAACGAGUGCCUUUCGCGAGCUCUCGAGCCAAUGUGUCACUUCAGUUUGCUGCUCCUCAUGAAAUUGGUGCCCAUAAUUUCCAGUUGUACGUAAUCUGCGAUGGCUACGCGGGUUGUGAUCUGGAGAAUGAGGUUAAAAUUAUUGUUGCUCGAGGUGAGGAUACAGACGAAGAAGAAACUGACAAGGACAACUAG